AUGGAAAUGACAAAGGAGUUCAUGAUGACCGACAUUGGAUUGAUGUCAUACUACCUUGGCAUUGAAGUGCAAGAAGAAAAUGGAAUCUUCAUUACUCAAGAAGGCUAUGCUAAAGAGGUGCUUAAGAAGUUCAAGAUGGAUGACUCAGAUCCAGUUUGCACACCAAUGGAAUGUGGAGUCAAGUUAUCAAAGGAAGAAGAAGGAGAGAGUGUGGAUCCAACACUCUUUAAGAGUCUAGUUGGAAGCUUACGCUAUCUAACGUGCACAAGGCCCGACAUCCUACACGCAGUUGGAGUUGUGAGUAGAUACAUGGAGCAUCCAACAACAACUCAUUUCAAGGCAGCCAAGAGGAUCUUACGCUAUAUCAAAGGUACAAUCAACUUUGGCUUGUACUACUCUAUUUCUGACGAUUACAAGCUUGUUGGAUAUAGCGAUAGCGAUUGGGGUGGAGACGUAGAUGACCGGAAAAACACAAGUGGCUUCGUGUUUUUCAUUGGAGAAACCGCUUUCACAUGAAUGUCAAAGAAGCAACCAAUUGUCACUCUUUCUACUUGUGAAGCGGAGUAUGUGGCAGCUACUUCAUGUGUUUGCCAUGCUAUUUGGUUACGAAACUUGCUAAAGGAGUUGAACCUACCACAAGAGGAGCCAACGAAGAUCUUUGUGGAUAAUAAGUCGGCAAUAGCAUUAGCAAAGAAUCCAGUCUUCCAUGACCGGAGUAAGCACAUCGAUACUCGUUAUCACUACAUAAGAGAAUGUGUUACCAAGAUGGAUGUGCAAUUGGAGUAUGUGAAGACAAAUGAUCAAGUAGCUGAUAUCUUCACCAAGCCACUCAAGCAAGAAGACUUCAUCAAGAUGAGGAACUUACUAGGAGUAACCAAAUCAAGUUUAAGAGGGGGUGUUGAAAGCUAAACUUGAUUUGGAUCACAUUUUGGGCUAAUAAUUUACUAACAAUUUUAGUCCAAACUUAGUCCAAUAUCUAGAAUUAUCUUCCACCUCCUUAGAAUAAAAAUCUAGAUAUUCUCAUAGAAUUAUCUAGAUAAUUAUGAUAAAAAAUCUUAGAUAUUAUGAUAGAAUUCUCUAGAUUUAGGAUUAAAAUAUGUAAGAUAUUUUGUAUUUUGGAGGUUAUAAAUACUUCCACUCUCUUCUCAUUUUGUAUCACCAAAAAUUAUCCAAGUUUGUAAGAAUCAUCUAAGUAAUAAGAAUCUUCUUAUAAGUUAUAAAAUCUUUUUUUUUCACGAAAUUUCUUUUUCUUCGAACAUUUAAAACACUUUCUCCGUCUUUGUAAAGUUUUUCAUUCCAACGGUAAUUACCAUCGCGACAACAACAACAACACAGUUCCAUGUUAGUUACCUUCUUCAUGUUGUGUUCUUGGCUCUGUUCAGCUGUUGUGUCCUCUCGGCUCUGUUACUCUCAUGUGCAGAUGGAGCAUCCAGUGACAGCGACCUAGCGUAUUCCGGCAACAUCCCUGGACCCUGAUGCCGGAGGUGCUAGCUGCGGUGGUGGCUGUGGAGAUUAAGAGUUCUUUCGUCUUCGUCGUGGAAAUAGACAAAAGUAAUGGGCUAUUUUGUAUAGAGCUUAUUCGUUGUUUUUUCAUAAAUAUAAGAAUAUAUGUUGUAUUGUGGUUUUUGUGGCCAGCUUUGGUAUUGAGAUCUUUCGUUGUUUUUCAUCAAUAAUAUAAGAAUUGGUUGUUUAUGACGCA